CCCUCUCUCUCUGUCUCUCUCUCCGUGUAUGUGCGCGCGCACGUUGUCACUGGGAAUCUCCACCAUUGCCAUGGCGAGAUUAGAGUAUUAGAAUCGAGCUCGGUCUCGUCUUCUUCUUUGUUCUGCGCGUAGAGAGAGAGAGAGAGAGAGAGCGAUGUUCGAAGGGCUGGUUCGCCAGUUGCUGCUGGGGUACCUGGGCCGGUACGUGAAGGACAUCCAGCGGGAGCAGCUCAAGAUCACUCUCUGGAACGAGGAGGUCCUGCUUGAGAACGUCGAGCUCAUCCUCGAGGCCUUCGAUUACCUCCGGCUACCUUGCGCGCUCAGGGAAGGCCGCGUCGGCAGGCUGAGCAUCAGGAUCCCGUGGAAGAAGCUCGGGUGGGACCCCAUCAUCAUCGUCCUGGAGGACGUCUUCGUCCGCGCCUCCGACCGCCGCGACGAGGAGUGGAGUUCGGAGGCUGUUGAAAGAAGAGAAUUCGCUGGCAAGAAGGCGAAACUUGUGGCAGCCGAGCUUGCGAAGUUAUCACGGCGCAUGUGCGGUAAUGAGGCUGGGCAGUCGUUUAUUUCUUACAUUACUGCGAAGAUACUUGACAGCAUUCAAGUCUCCAUCAGAAAUGUCCAUAUUCUAUACCAGGCUAAUCAGAACAACUUGCAGAGUUCUUCCAUGAUUUUUGGUUUGAGGUUGUCCAGCUUGAAAAUUAUGAAGCAGAUGUCUGUUAGCACAAAAGGCCAAGUUCACAAAGUUGUAGAGAUCACGGGUUUAGAAAUCUACUGCAACUCCUCCAAUGGAGCUUCGAGUUUGAAGAUCAGGGACAAUGCUGGAGACAAUCAGUGCCUGAGCAAUGCUAGUUGUGAAAGCAAUCAGUUUCACCCUAUUCUUGCACCACUGAAUGUGUCCGUGUCACUUUCGGUCAAUCGUCCUGGGAAGCUUGAUAUAGACACUCCACAAUGGUCUGUCUGGGCUGAAAUAACCAGCUUGGUAAUAUGUCUUGACGAUUUUCAGCUUCGUCAGAUCCUGAUGUUAUUGGACAACUUGACUAUAUGUCAAUUAAGAGAACAGUAUGGACGUUACCGUCCAUGGUCUAGUCCAUUGCAAAGAAAGCUCAAAAACUGGCAGAAGCUGUGGUGGCGCUAUGCACAAGAAUGUGUCCUGUCAGAUGUUAGAAAGAAAUUAAGGAAGACUUCAUGGAGAUACUUUGGUCAGCGAAUAAGCAAUCGUCGGGAAUAUGUUAGCCUGUACAAAAAGAAACUAGUUUUUCUUCAGCAAGAGCAGUCAGUUGACGAACAAAUUCUUCAAGAGUUGGAGCAAAUGGAAAGAGCAUCUGAUAUAGAAGAUAUUUUAAGUUAUCGCUCCAUUGCUGAAUGUGAACUCCAGGAACUUUUACGUGAGUGUACCAAUAACUAUGUGGAACCGAGUCUUGAGAAGUCACGGAAUGAUGAGCGGUCAUCAGGCAGGUCACGUGGAUGGUUAAAUUGGCUGUCUCGUGGUAUGCUUGGUGCUGGAGGUACAGACGACUCUGGUCAGUUUUCUGGUGUCGUUUCAGAUGAAGUUAUCAAGGAUAUAUAUGAAGCCACAGAAUUCCAUCCUCCUUCAUUAAGCAAUGGGGACACUAUUGCAAGAGAUAACAUGUGCAGAUGCAAAGUCAAGUUCUUAAUUCAUCGAAUUUCUGCAACACUCCGAAGCAUGAAAUCUGGGAAAGACGUGGCAGAGCUCCUUGUUGACAAGGCUUCUGUUGAAUUUACAAUGUGGGAAGAAUCUGCUCUAGCUACUGCUGGCAUCAAUUCAUUCGGGAUUAUCUACCCACAAGGCAAAAAUGUUGUUGUACAAAUGAGGCAGGUUCUUCUUGGGGAAAGCUUGCAGGAUCCUGACAAUCCUUCCUGUAAGAUACAAGUGGACAUUUCUCCAAGACAAGAACUUGCAUUGUCAAUAGAGGUUGCAAUUCAGCCCCUCACAGUGGUGAUUGAUACUGGCUUUUUCCUUGACUGCAUCGAGUUUCUUGAUAUACUGGAGUCUUUUGAGUUUCAGCGUGAGCGGGUACUCUCUUCACUAGAUGGCAUUGAAGAUGACAGAGCUCGAAUACUUUCUAAAGCUGAAUAUGUUUUGUCUAGUCAAAGAAAAGUGUCAUGGAAUGUCAAUAUCAUUGAUUUCAUCUUAAAGAUGCCGUGGACUGGUGCAGACUCAGAACCACACGAAAUGUCAUUGAAGGUCAGAGCCUUUCUUAUUAAAUCAAAGUGCUUUUUGGAUGAAGACCAGACUUAUGCACCUAAGGGCAUGUCAUCUUCUCUUCCAAAAUAUGACUUCUUGGAGCUCCAAUCUCCAGAUCUGUGUGAUCAUUUUGAGGUCAAGAUGGACGAUUGUGAGGUGAAACUAAUCUCGUCUUCUCAUUCCAAACCACUCACAGUUUUAGAGAAUUUCUCGGCUUCUAAUUUCCUGGCAUCCUGUGCCAUUAUGGAUAAACUGAUAUCAAAAAGACUGGAGGUUCGUAUGACUAUCUCCAGGUUUGAUGCACAUUUUUCACCUUCUCUGUACCUUGCAGCAAUAGAACUGGUUGAAUAUGUAAAUAGUGUACAUCGUCAGUAUGAACUUUCACCAGUCAGAAGCCUCAGUCCAUAUUCCAACAAAUUGAACAAUAUGAAAAGUUUAAUCUUUGGUUUCUCAAUUGCUGCAAAUUUGAAGGAAAUCACUCUACAUGUCGACCUUGAGAAUGAAGGGGAGAACAACUCCGCAUGCACUCUCUCUCUGAUUGAAUUAAAUAUCAGGUAUGAUUAUACAGAGCUUCUGAAGUGCUGGAUUUGUGCGAAGGCUGUGAACAUCAUUAUUUAUUCUUUGAGGGAUGGAAGAAAAAGCCAUACUGUCUGCUCAUUUGGCAGUAUGUCUGCUACCGGCGCUACUUGUCAACAGGGUUUCGGUAUUGGGGCCGGCAACAUGGACAAAAUCGACAGAACAGUCAAGUCUGCUGAUAUUUGUUUUUCUUUAGAUUAUGAAGCUUCGAGAAAGGAAACCGCUGGUUUCCAUAAUUUUUUCAUAAGCUUGAAUAAUGGCGAUCUGCAUUGUCACCCUUACAUAUUUGCUAUGAUGGAAGAAUUUUUUGACAGACUAGCUGGCUAUGGUAUGUCUGAUAACACUGAAAUCUCUUCUCCCCUCAUUGAAGAUGAAAGAGUUUCAAUAGCUCUACCUGGUUCGGGGAGUCAAAGGUUCGGUUUUUCGAACUUCAUUGAAGCUGGAUGCCUUGAUCAUGCAAGCAUUAUGUUAAGUCACUUUCCAUUUGUCACUGUCCGUCCUUCUGGUGAUCUGAGUAGCAUUGAGAAUUCUCUUCUCUAUGAUGUUGCUGAUUGGAGGAACAAUUUCUCUAUAAGAACUAGAAAAUCAAGAAAUCCGAAGUCCAUACCAAGAAAGAGAUCCAAGAUUUGUCUUACAUCAUCAUUGAAGUCCUUGUUUGGUCUGGAUGCUCGUUCUCUUCCUUCUGAAUCCUCUACCAAUCAGUUUGUCCUUAAUUUGAACCUCUGUGGUGUUAAAGUGCAUUUUCAUGAUUCCUCAUGCAUUGUUGGGACGGUUUCGCUGCCUACAGUUGACUCAGCAGUUGUCCUCUCUGAAGAUUCCAUGGAUAUCUUGUGUUCAGCUGAGGAAUUAGUUGUCUCAUCAUCAUGGUGGAGUCAAAGGUUCAAUGAAUUUUUGUGGGGUCCCUCUUCUGAGAAUCAUUCUCCUGUUUUAAACGUGCGUGUGAAGAAAGGAAACACUCAUUUAAGUUCCCAAGUUGAAGUGAGCAUCGGCAUUCAGCAUGUGUGCUGCAUUCUACCUCCUGAAUAUUUGGCCAUAUUAAUUGGUUACUUUUCAUUGCCUGAGUGGACUUCAUAUUCAAGUAAGCAGCGCAAUAUUGAAAAUAGUAGCAUCCAGUGUGCAGCAAGUGAGAGUACAGUUGUGUAUAAGUUUGAGAUAUUGGACUCCAUAGUAAUUUUAAUUGAGAAAGAGAGAGGCUCUCGAUUUCUAAAACUUGAAAUACCACAGUUUUACUGUAAUUUUGUGGAAGGAAGAUCUGUGAAUUGUUUAUUGAAGGACCUUCCUUCUGAAUGUUUGGUCCCAGAGCACAAAAUCUCGAAGGAAAGUCACUGUUUAAAUAUAUUUGGACGGCAGUUAUCGCUUUCAGUUCUGUUAUGUAAGGAUGAUAGAGAUUGUAGGCUAAGCGUAGAUGAAAGUGGUCAGAAAGGUAUUCACACCUUGAUCAAGACACUCAAUGCCGAUGUAUGGCUGAGAAUACCGCGGAAGAAUGUUUCGACUUCUGAUGCUUCUGUGUGCAUCAUGGGGAAGAUAUAUGUAUGUGAACUUAUGGCUGAUGACAAUUUUCUUGUUCAUGGAUUCGAUGCACUGUUGGAUGUCAUAAAUCAAUUGUCUUCAGUCCAAGAUGAGUCUGAACUUUUCACUUCAGAUGUACUGCAGUUUCUUCAGUCAAGGAGAUCCAUAAACAAAUAUAACACUUCCUUACGUGUGGUCCCAAGCAUGCUCUUAACUGAAGUUGUACUCUCUAUUGACUCAUUAUCAACAAAGUUGGUUCACUCAACGAAAGAUUCAAUCCUUUCGGAGCCAGUGGCUAGGGCUGAGAUGCAGUUUAAGUGCUCUGCAUCAUUGAGAAAUGAGACAGCUGAACUCUUGAACUUUAGCUUCUCUUCAGUGGUCUUGUACUCUUUACGUAGUCAUGCAAUCUUAGCAAGAUGUACUGGCCCUCAUUCAGCUUCAUCAGUUCUUGGCAUUACUUACUCGAGAUUUGAUCAGGUCAAAGAUGAGCUAUCUAUUUUUCUUCCUUCUCUUGAUAUUUGGUUGGAGCUGUUGGAGUGGAUGAAGGUUGUUGACAUGAUCAGAUCUAUUAUUGGAGAAAUGACUGAUGCUGAGCAUCGGGAAGCAUCAUUAGCAAAUGCAGAUGAUGGUCCUCGUGUUGUUGAGAAUACAGUGCUCAUAGUUCCUGGAAGUCCACCAAAUUUGGCUUCUUCUGAUUGUGUUUUAUCAGAUAAUAUCAAGGACACAUCGUUCCUGAUUGUGAAAUUAGAAAACAUCGGUGUUGCACUUCAUUUUCCCAUUGAUGUGUGCAAUUUCUGCUGCAAGUUUGGGAAAUUUGAAUGCAGACCUGCUGAGGAUCAUAAUAUGUUGUCUUCCGUGUUGGGUAAGAAACAAUGCAAAUUCGCUGUGCUUACUAUCAAAAGUAAAUGCACUGAAUUGGGCAUUAGUGAGAGGAGUUCCAACUUGAGAUCCUUUGUGGAAAAUAUAAGCUUGAACAUUGAGAUAAUGGAAGAUGGUGACCUUCACUCGUCCCCAUUUGUCCAAAUUUUUAAGAUGAGUCUUAAGACUGAAAUUUAUAGUGGCGAAACUGAUAAUGGACAUGUCUCUGUAGAUAUUCAGUGUGACCAUAUAGAUCUGGUGCUUUCACAUCAAGUAUUCUACUUUUGGCAUGAUGUUGCUCUAAGUAUUCCUGAAGGAGAAUCUUCUCAGUUUGCAAUAGGUUGUGUUGAGUGUAAGGUCCAUGUGCGGAAGGUAUCUCUACUGCUGACUGAUGGAAGGUGGAGUUGCAGUGGACCUCUCCUGGAAAUUCUUAUGAGAAACUUGGUCUUCCAUGCUAAUGUGUGUAGAACAACUGUAGAGUGCUCAAUUGUGAGCGACCUUGAAGCGAACUAUAAUAACAUUCACAAGGUCAUGUGGGAGCCAUUUAUUGAACCUUGGAAGUUUCGUAUUAGCAUUGGUAGGAAACGUGCGAUCAGUAUUCUUCUGAAUAGUUCCAUCAUCACGGAUAUCCAUCUUGACUCUGUGGCUCAGCUCAACUUAAACAUUACAGAAUCCUUUCUCGAGUCUGUUUGCAGGGCUCUUGAGAUGAUCAAGGAUGCUUGGAGUGAAAAGAAACUGACUGAUCUCUCAGAAACACGGACAUUCUUGAACUCUCCUUAUAUGGAAGAUGCCUCUAUAGGAAAACAUGCUCCGUAUAUUCUUCAGAACUUAACUUCUUUGCCUCUAUCAUAUUGUAUUUUUCAAGGAUCAGGAAAUUCUGUGGAGCUUGAUGCCAAAGAAGUGAAGGGUUGGAGUCUUGUGCAAUCGGGCUGUUCUGUCCCAAUAUACAGUAAUGAGACUCCUGAGGAACAGUUGCUUCGUUUUAGACCCACUCGUUCCUCUGGUCAACUAAAUGAGAAGCAAUCAAGUGGAGUGGCUCACCACUUUAUUUCAAUCAAGCUCGACGGGACCUCUGUUCCUUCUGUGCCAAUUUCCAUGGAUCUUGUCGGAUUGAGCUAUUUUGAGGUGGAUUUUUCUAAGGCAUCAAAUAAAUUAGAACUUGAAAAAACUGCGGAUAUUCCAAGGUACACAAAUCUGGAAGAGGGCAUUAAAACUAAUGCAGGAGAAGGUUUUAUUGUCCCUGUUGUCUUUGAUGUUUCAGUACAGCGCUUCAACAAGUUAAUUCGGUUAUACUCGACGGUCAUAGUGUACAAUGAAACUUCUGUGCCAUUGGAGUUGCGGUUCGACAUUCCUUUGGGUGUAUCUCCAAAGAUAAUAGAUCCUAUCUAUCCUGGGCAGAAGUUUCCACUCCCUUUGCACUUAGCUGAAGCUGGUCGUAUAAGGUGGCGACCUUUAGGAAACUCUUAUGUAUGGAGUGAACCUCAUCAUCUCCCAAGUAUUCUCUCCCAAGAAAGCAAGAUUGGAUCCCUUCGUUCUUUUGUUUGCUAUCCUUCUCAUCCAAGUAGUGAUCCAUUCCGCUGUUGUUUGUCAUUAAAGAAGAUCUAUUUGCCUCCAUCUGUGAAACCAAAGAAGGUUUCUGAUCUUCUAAAUGAUAUUUCUAAGCAACCUGCUGGGGAACUUGGCGAGGAUUUAUUACUUGGCCUUGAUAAAUCAAGUGAACACUUUAUUUACCAGCUUAGUUUGAGUACUCCUUUGGUGGUUCAUAAUUAUCUUCUACAAACUGUGUCGUUGACCAUUGAAAGUGGAGGAGUUAGUCGAACAGCCCUGCUUUCAGAGGUGCAAACGAACUUCCAUCAUGUUGACCCUUCGCAUGAACUGGGGAUUCAAUUUCAUAUGGAGGAAUUUAGACCUUCAGUCUCAAGAUUUUCUCAUGCAGAAUCAUUCACUACCCUAGCCAAGUUCAGCGGAACCAAAUUUACUGCAUCAGAGACCUUGACUUUUGAUCCUUUUAUCAACAAUGUAAAUUUAGGUCCUAUAUAUGUUACUGUUGAGAAGACAUUGGACGCAUUUUCUGGGGCUCGGGAGCUGUUUAUCUUCGUUCCCUAUUUGAUCUAUAAUUGUGUUGGUUUUCCACUCAGCAUAUCAAACUCUGCUGAUGAACUAAAAGACAGUUUAUUCACUGUUCCAUCAUGCUAUGAGUUGGUUGAACAAGAACAAGUUCAUAUCAAGAAGGAGGGCCUCAGCCUUUUAUCAUGUAAUCAUGAGCGUGAUUCAGAAUCUCCAGCAUCACGAUCUGAAUGCCUUUGGCAUGACUCUUCAGACAAUUCUAGUGUUCCAACUUGGAAUGAUGCAGUUGCUGAUGGUAAGAGGAUGGCCAGGAAACCUCUGAUCAAAUUGGGACCUUCCAUUGUACAGUUGGAAAAGGAUGGUAAGGAAGAUCAAAGAAGAAUCUCAUUGUUUGCUCUGAAUAAGGGAAGGCAUUGGAGCAACCAGUCAAGCUCCAGCAACUUGAAUAUUGUAGAUGAUGGCCAUGGAAAGGCAAAGGGGUACGCAUAUUCCCCUCAACCCAGUUCAAAUCUGGGCAAUAAUAUGGUUAGGCUAUGUAGAUCUCUGCCUAAACAUGUCGAAGAAAAAUUGUCUAGCAACUUAUGGUCAAAUCCGUUUCCUCUUGUUCCUGCUAGUGGAUUCACCAGCGUUCUUGUUCCUCAACCAGUGCAAAACGCUGCCUAUGUAAUAUCUGCGACUUCAUCAGUUAUUUCUGAACCAUUUGCUGGGAAGACAAGGGCCAUCACUUUUCAGCCCAGAUAUGUCAUUAGUAAUGCUUGCAGCAAGGAGUUGUGCUAUAAGCAGAAGGGAACUGACUUCAUCUUCCAUUUGGGCAAAGGGCAACAUUCUCAUCUUCACUGGGCAGAUACUGCUAGGGACUUGCUGGUUUGCAUAUGUUAUGAUGAACAUGGAUGGCAAUGGUCGGGCAGUUUCUUGCCAGAAAUUUUAGGUGACAGCCAAGUGAAAAUGCGGAAUGAUAUCUCUGGUGCUGUAAAUAUGAUACGCGUCGAAGUGCAGAAUGCUGACAUCUCCAUGUGGGAUGACAAUGUUGUUGUUAGUCUUCAUAACAACCCGGGGACACACCUGAUUUUGUUAUCAGAUGACGAUUCAGGUUAUAUGCCUUACCGCAUAGAGAAUUUCUCGAAGGAGAGAUUACGUGUUUAUCAACAGAAAUGCGAAAGCUUUGAAACUGUGGUUCCUUCUUACCAUUCUUGCCCUUAUGCAUGGGAUGAGCCCUGCUAUCCACACCGUCUUAUAGUUGAGGUACCCGGGGAACGUGUGCUAGGAUCAUACGCUCUCGAUGAUAUAAGGGAGAGCACGGCUGUCCAUUUGCCUGCAACUUCUGAGAAACCGGAGAGAAUAUUCCUCAUUUCUAUUCUAGCCGAGGGAGCAACAAAGGUUCUACGCAUUAUUGAUUCAAGUUACCAUGUGAAUCCAUCCAUUGAGAACAGGAAACAUGAGCAAAGACAAGAAAUCUUUUCUGAGUACCAGGAAAAGGUCUCAAUUGAUAUACCUUAUAUUGGUAUUUCUUUGAUUAACUCUCUGCCACAGGAAUUGCUUUUUGCCUGUGCAAAGGGCAUCAGGGUUCAUUUGCUUCAGAGCAUGGAUCGACAAAAUUUUUCGUUGAAGGUUUUAUCAUUGCAAAUAGACAACCAAGUUCGCGCUGCCACUUAUCCUGUCAUCUUGUCCUUCAAUCGUGGAUACAAAAGUAGUUCGUCUAACCACGAUGAUGGUGCCCAGAAAAAUGAGAAUCCACAACUUCACUCCGACCACCACUGCAAAUCGGUGAUUCAUCUAGCUGUUUCGAAGUGGAGAAAGAAAGAUGUAUCAUUGAUUUCAUUUGAAUAUGUUACGCUAAGAGUGGCAGAGUUUCAUCUUGAGCUUGAGCAGGAAGUGGUCUUGGGCUUGUCCGAGUUUGUUAAAUCUGUUUACUUGAGGUACCAGAAUGGAGUAAUGCCCUUUUCUGAUCCGACAUUGCUACCACUUCUGCAUGAUACCCCUCUGUUAGGGAACUCGCACUCACAUAUUCCUAUCAGUAAUGAUCAAAACAGAAAUCAAAGAAUCAGUGUAUUAUUUCCCUCAGUAAUUCCAGUUGGAGCACCUUGGCAGCAAAUUUAUAAGUUGGCCAGAAGACAGAGAAAGAUAUAUGUUGAAAUGUUCGAUGUAGGAGCUAUAAAAUUCACUCUAAGUUUUUCCAGUGACCCGUGGAUGCUUAGAAUGGGGAUCCCUAUGUCAGGAGAUUCUCUCGUGCAUAGAGGCCUUAUGGCUCUUGCUGACAUUGAAGGAGCAAGAAUAUAUCUCAGAGAGCUGAAAAUAGUAAAUCACAUGGCUGGGUGGGAGUCCAUUCAGGAGAUCCUCCUGAGACAUUACACAAGGCAACUUCUGCAUGAGAUGUAUAAGGUGCUCGGUUCAGCUGGUGUUAUAGGUAACCCCAUGGGAUUUGCCAGGAGAUUGGGGCUUGGCAUCAGGGAUUUCCUAUCUGUUCCUGCAAGGAACGUUAAUCAGAGUCCUGCUGGACUUGUCAGAGGUAUGGCGCAAGGAACAACUAGUCUAUUAAGCAACACAGUCUAUGCCUUGAGCGAUGCUGCCACUCAGUUCAGUAGAGCUGCUCAGAAGGGUAUAGUUGCACUGACGUUUGAUGAGCAAGCUUUCUCUAGAAUCGAGAAGCAACAAAGGGGUACUAUCUCACAUAGUGAAGGUGUUAUAAAUGAAGUUUUGGAGGGGCUUACUGGAGUUCUGCAAUCCCCUAUACGAGGAGCAGAGAAGCAUGGUCUUCCAGGUGUCCUAUCAGGGGCAGCAUUAGGACUUACUGGACUAGUGGCAAGACCGGCAGCUAGUAUUCUUGAAGUAACCGGGAGAACGGCUCAGAGCAUCAGAAACAGAAGCAAGCACUACCAAACUGGCACACGUCGAAGGAUCCGUCUCCCGAGGCCUUUAAGCAAAGAAUUUCCCCUGAGACCCUAUUCUUGGGAAGAAGCAAUUGGAACAUCUGUGCUCACUGAAGCCGGUGAUGGCUUAAAAUUCAAGGAUGAACCAUUAGUCAUGUGCAGAGCUCUUAAGCAAGCUGGUAAAUUUGUUAUCAUGACCGAGAGGUUGAUACUUCUUGUUAGCUGCCCUAGCUUAGUGGAUUAUGCUAACCCUAAUUUUCAAGGCAUCGAGGCUGAUCCAGAUUGGGACUUAGAAUCCGAGAUCUUUCUCGACAGUGUGAUCCACAUUGAUGCUAAUGAUGGGAUCUUGCACAUUGUUGGUAGUGGUUCAGAUGCUUUCUUGAGGCAAAACCAGCACCAGGCAAAGCGAAGUGGAAUGAGGGUGCAGAGUGGUAAUCCAACUCUUCCACUAUAUCAGAUUGAUUUGGAACUGGCGCCCGGAAAAAACGCAGAAGAGGUGUUGCAGAUUUUGCAGUCUGUAAUAGAACGCGGAAAAGAACGAGGAUGGGGUGGCGGGUCUGUGCUGCAUCGAGUUAAUAUCAAGUGCAAGUCAACUGGUUACUAACAGCACAAAAUAUGCUAGGACAUAGCGUCAGUAUCUGUGAGCUCAUCCACAUGGCAGUUUAGGCAAGGAAGGAGAUUAGAAUCAAUGUGGGUCAAGGAUCGUACGAGUUUGGAAUCUGUAGUCGCCUCGAAAACGCAAAAUCGACUGGGAGUGCUGUGGGAUUGCAUCUAAGUUAAAAUCGACCGGGAGUGCUGUAGCAAGCGAGUCCUUGUUCAAAACUUGUCCUAAUGUCAACUCAAAUCUAGAAGCGAGGAGCUCUCCCAGCAUGCACCAUCCAGACUGUAGAAGAAGGGAAGGAUUACUGUUGCAACAAUGGAUGCGUACCUUUCAUCUGUAAAUAUCAUGUACAGUAGGUACGAUACAACUAUGGUUUCUCCAACAUCAAUUGCUUUCUAUAAGAUGCGUCAGAUUUGUAUAAGUGUUAAUUAUAGCAAGUUCAUUAACUCAUCCACCAUGUACAGUCAUUUAUAUACUAGAAUGAAGCGUAUAAUUUACUCAA